AGGCUACCAGUGACUUUCAGUAUGCUAUAGGAGAUCGUAGUGAGUGUGGAUCUGUCAAUGCUUCGCAACGGUUCGAAAAAGUAAAGGUGUUUUGUUUUUUAUCGUCAGAUGUGUUCCUGUACUGGUGCAGUUCACUCAGCUGAAUCCUGUGAGCUUCAGAAUCAAAGGUUCUAGCUGUGCAUCCAUAUGAUUACAAUGGCCACAGGCAAUUGCCAUGAGGAAUUUAUUGGAAAGAAACUGAUUCCUUUUACAACAGUAAUAGGACUCUUGGCAGGUUUGACCAUGUUUGUGGCUGGUGUUGUGGUGAUGAAUAAACAAAUCAUCCCUGCUGAAAUUUCAACAAGUGUGGGUAUUCAAACCGCACCCAAAAUUGUUCUUGCUGCUGGGAUUUUGAGCUUGUUGGUGGCAGGUCUUGGAGUUUUUUUCACUUGUAAAGAUUUAACUGUUGAGAAUGGCACUGGGAAACCAUUAAUUAUUAUGUUAAUAGUCUGCCUUGCUGUGUCAGCUCUUCUGGCAUUGAUUGGUGGUGGAGUAGGUGUAGAUAACUUCAAGAAGGUAGAAAAGACAUUUGAACCAGACCUAGACAAAAAAAUUGAAAUGUAUGGAAGGUUUGGGGGUACCAUGAAGGAUGUUGAUGAUUUGCAGAAAAAGUACAAAUGUUGUGGAGUGUACACCUAUGCUGACUGGCGUAUUACUGUUUGGGGAGGACAUAGAUAUGACAAGGUCCCAGAUGCCUGCUGUAAAUCUGAGACAUAUGGAUGUGGUUACAUCUUUAGAGAUGCGGAUAAAACACUCAACAAAAAGGGUUGUGCCUCGAUUGUCGUGGGUAACUUGAGAGCACUGUUGGCUACUGUAGGUGUUAUUGGAAUCAUAGUUGGUAUAGUCGAGGUGUUCUUGUGCGUGGCCUUUCUUUAUUGUUAUUUCUGCAAAAGAGGCGGUGAAAAUUAUGCACAACAACAAUCACCGACGCAGUCUCAUCUCGGAGAACACGAAUUGAUUGGCGGGAAGGGAGGAAGUGGCUCAGGACAAAGCAAGGUUGGACCUACUGCAGUAAGAGAGGAAGAUGACCCGCCUGUUGAACAGGGAGAAAGUACCUCCAAUCCUGGUGUUUCGAGUAAAGAGGAAAGUGUGGAGCCCUCUAAAGAAAAAGUCACCUACUGUUAAAGAACAUCUGGAGCUGCAUGCUCGAUUAACAAUGAUCUGACAAAGAGAAAGACACGGAAUGGAUGCAGGGGAAAGUAAAGAGAUAUAGGAGUUCAAAACAAGUUAUUUUCUUCUCUCUGAGGUUUUGAGGAUCGCACGCCUCGCUAGGAACCAUGUUAAACAGAGCCCAGUUCAAAAUUUUUCAUUUCUUUAGAAAUUAUUUGCCAAAUAACUACUGAAAGGGAGGGCUAGACUGUCAAUUAGAGAGCUCAGAUAUCAUUCAUGGUUGUUAUGUCACCGUGAUUUUGUCAGUCAUAUCAUUUUCCUUUAACUAGCCAGGAGCCCCUGAACUUGGCUAGCUUCUUCAAGGCAUAGGUGAAGGUCAAAAUAAUGAGCUGCAUGGAUAGAAGGAGGAGCCCAAGGAAGGGGUUGAGUAGUCGUCGCCGUAAAUGCUUGGAGUAGAGCAGAACUGAGUUUGGCAGAGUUCCUUUUUCCACUUUCGAAAUCGAAAUUCACCCUUUGCCUUAUUUACUCAUCUUUGUGUCACAAGCCAAGUUGUCCUUCGAUAAACGUGGUAGAACUUGAGCUCAUUUGAUCACAAUUUUCAAAAGGUUGGAUUACUCCGAGGUCUUAAAACAUGGUCAUUAUUGUAGUAUCGCUAAGACCCUUUGUAGAGUGUGAUAGAAGUCUUAUCUUUUAUGGAGCAAAACUUCUCCUUUAGUCGAAACAGAGUUUAUAUUCUUAGUUGUUACUGCUAUUUUGGUUUACGAUGCACGUCUGUUCAAGCAGAUGUUUGGGAAAUUCAAAUUGUGAUUUAUAAGCGCCUUUAGUUGUUACUGAGACUAAACACAAAUUUGUUCUGUGUUUCUCAAUCAUCCAGUUCUCUUUAAGUUAUUCAAAUUACUAAAUAAAAGAGAAGAGUUUAUAGAUAA